AAUAAUCAGUCGUUUGACGAUCACUCAAAACCAGCUUUUCGCGACAACCGCCACACAACCACACAAGCCGCCUUCUUGUCAUUGUUGUUGCUUUUUGUUGUUGCUUUGUUUGGGUGGGUGUCCUCGGUACAAUUGUCUGGACUACAAGAGCAGUCCUAGCUACUGGCUAAUCUUUGAUUCAAGAAGAGUGCGUGUACUGCAUCAUCAUCAUCAUCAUCAUCAUCAUCAUGGCGACGCUACUAAUUCCAAUUGCUGGGGAAACAUGGCUGUCGAAUUCGAGGUUUUGGUGGACCGCUGGGAUAGUAGCGUUGGCGUUGCUUUGGAAACCUCUUUGUCGCGUCAUCAACCAGUAUCGACUACGAAAGCGUAUGGAAUUGUAUCCGGAUAUUGUCGUCUUGGGACAACGACAGACGACGAAAAAGAAAAAGAAAUCCAACAACACCAUGACGAAACGACUCGUGCGAUUCAUUCAAUCGACCCAGCGACGGUUGGUUAGCAGUGUGCGAGACGUAGUGGCGUUUGGGAUGGGUCAAGUUGUGUGGGCCGCUCAAUUUGCAGUGGACGGCUGUAUUCAGAGCCUGUUGACAGUGAUUCAAACGGUGCGACAAACGACAAUCAACGUCAAACAGUUUUUUCGAGAUCGUUGGAGAGCCCUGACGCGAUCGGCUCCUCCUCCCAUGCCUCCUUCGGUGCUGCGAAAACCCAAAGCUCGACGCACAACGUCCGAACACAACAACCACAACAAAGCUACCACAAAUUCGGUGCAAUUUGAUAUCUACGAGUCGGGUCGAAUCAAGACAAAGACGUACAUUUACAAUCGAGAUGCCGAACCGCGUGUCCGAACACCGCCUCCUCCUCUGGGAGUUCAACCAUUGCAAGAUCCAGAAGAAAUUGGUCGAGUAUUGAGUGAACGAUUCAAGAGCGUCAAACAGCGUAUUCAAACACCGCCUCCCAAACCGAGACAGAAUUCCAAAAAACGAGUGGCAGAAUUACAACAACGACGAAUGCAGCAGCAGCAGAAUGACAAGGAAAACAAUGCAACAUCCAUGCCCACUAAUCAUCAGCAGCCAUUAUUUCAAAGUCCUCCUGCUCCAAAAAUCAAUGCCAAUACGACACCACGACAACCUGCUCCAUCGUCAUCUACUACGCCAUUACGCUACAAUAAUGCCAUGUCGUCACCCAAGACACCACUCUUGGAACGAAUGCGAAAACGACGCAUGGAAGAUGGUUCGCCACAAGUAAUAAUGGCACUGACGCAACCGCCGGUACAGGGCCGGAUCAUGCCACGAGCUCCUUCCAACUCCAACAAGAGACGACGGCUCACUGGCGGCGGCCCGCUUCGAAACCCUCUCAUGGAAAAGCGAAAGCGAGAAGAAAAUAUCUUGCAAGAGUUUAAUCGCAAACGGGUCAAGGAAGAAGAACAAAAGACGGAAGCGAAUGCGGCAGCUGUUCCCACUACUACUACUACUGCUACUAAACCCAUUGUAUUUGGAACUCCCAACAACACGGAAGAAGGAUUCAAAUUUGGUGGCGCCAAAAGUGACGCGGCCACAUCGACUCCUGGAUUUACGUUUGGAGCCUCCGCAGCAGCCACGCCUGCUGCUGGCAACGAUGGCAAGCCGCCCGCAGUUCCCAACACUGCUGCAGGAGACUCGAAACCCGCCACAACCACCCCCGCUGCAACAACAAAAGACAACGGGGAUGCUGCUGCUUUUACAUUUGGAACAGGCACCCCCGCCCCUGCUGGAACGAAUGCCACUACCGAUGCUGCUGCCGCCCAGCAGCCAGGCUUUGUCCCAACCCCUGCGUUUCAGUUCGGAUCCACGGCGACCAAAACGCCAGUACCAACAAAUGAUGCCAGCAAAACUCCUUCUGGAGAUGCAGCUAAUACUUCUACAGGUGGCGUACCAUUCGGGAAUGCACCCACGGCAACGAAUUCAACAACACCGGCCCCGUCAACUGAUUCCAAGCCGUUUGUGUUUGGCGCCACUCCCGCUGCAGCGACCAAUGACAAUGCUACAGCCACUGGAACAUUUCAAUUCGGGGCUUCCGCUGGGGCAACAGCGAACCCACCGCCAGCAACCGCAACCCCGUCUUUUGCGUUUGGUUCACAACCACCUGUUUCAACGCCAGCAGCACCUCCUGGCACCAACAGCUCUGCUGCGCCAACACCAGCCGGCGCCAAUAGUUUCGCAUUUGGGGGGGCAACUACAAACAGCGCAGCGACAGCCCCACCUCCAGCUCCUCCCACCGGCAAUUUCGCAUUUGGGGCGAACAGUUCCACCGCGACUCCGGCUCAAACUCCGGCUUCCACAGGAGCUUUCGCAUUUGGGGCAAAUGCAACGCCUUCUGGGACAGCACCUCCGGCUCCUUCGGCUGGAUUUUCUUUUGGAGCACCCCCCGCCAACAAGCCAGACCCCCCGGCUGCUAGCGCGAGUGAAGGACCCAAUGCAUCCUCGUUCAGCUUUGGUUCGGCUCCCCAGCCGGGUGCCAACGCGGCGCCAUCCUUUGGAACGGCAGGAGGAUUUGCUUCGACACCUGCUCCAGCUCCCGGUUUUGGAUUUGCGGCGACCCCGGCACCAGCGACACCUGGCUUUCCAGGUAGCGGAUUUGGUGUCCCUCCAGCGAGCGCCGCCACGACGCCUGGAUUUGUCGGAACAGCAGGCUUCAGUCCGGCUGUCAAUCCUGGUGGCGCCUUCAGUGUGGGUGCCGUCAACAAGGCGCCCGGUGCACGACGUCGCCUCAAGGCAAAGAGCAAACGGCGUUAAAAGGGAUUGAUUCGAUAUGGCCCAACGUUGAAGAACUCCGUGAAGAGGCUACUGGCGCAAUUCAAUUCGAUUCUAGUUGCUAGUCAAGUUUACUACUUUUAGCUAACGUAACGAUUACGAGGGAAUCAGGACAUGUAGGCCUACCGUUAGUUAGCCC